UCUCUUUCCCCCCGCCUCUGCACUUUCUCUCUCCUCUGCUCUCUCUCUCUCUCUCUCGUGUGUUCAAUCAACUCAUAAAAAAGAAGCUUUGUCUUGUUAUACGAGGACACGCGUCAACCUAAUCCCCGCGAACCCUAAUCAAAACCAAAUUUUCCAACCUCUCUGUAUUUUUUUUUUCAACUUUUCUCUCACUUGUAGUUUAUUUUUAUUGUUUUUUAUUUAAAUUUAACAGAAAAAAAAAAGAUUAAUUUUUGAUUGGGAGGAGAUUGUUUAUUAUAAUUACCAGUGGUGUCGUCGUGUAAUGGAGUUCUCCAUCAAGAAACCGUUUAAAUCCCAUGGCUCUGCCAAGCAUAUGAGGAAGAUCUCCGCCGGAGCAGAAGACGUCAGCCACGAGGAGCUCCCCAUUCUUCUGGAUCACGACCAGCGCCACCACACCCAGCCGAUGACGGACGUCGAUUUGGCCGACCGCCGGGAAGUUAUCGUCAAAAUCGACGAAGGCGCAGAUUCGUCCACAAGCACCAGCGACCCUGCCAAAAAUGGCAGGAAGAUUUGGCGGCAGUCCAGCAUCGAUUUCUGGCACGGGGACGGCAAGGGCAAUGCCGAGAAUUUUGAUUUCGUGCAGCGUGGGAAGACGGAGGAGGGGACUGGGGAGGAUCCACCGUCGAAGCUGAUUGGGCAGUUCCUGCAUAAGCAGCGAGCCUCCGGCGACAUGACGCUGGAUAUGGAUUUGGAGAUGGAGGAGCUGCAGAACGAACGCGAUUUGCCGCCCCUCGCCGAGUCGCCGAGUCCGAGGAACUCGCGCAACUCGAAGGAGCUCAAAGUCUCGUUCCAAUCGCCGGCGUCGGACCACACCGAUACGCCGCAAACCGAGUCGGUUCGGAGGCGAUACAGGGAAUCCCCCGACGAGGAGUGGCGCCGCAGCGAGAGGUUGAGCAACGGACAGGACGACGUCGUCCGGUGCACUUCCAACGCCUCAUUCCGCCGAGAGCCUUCGUUCUCGAACAAGUCCGAUUUGUUGAGAAUAAAGACCAAGUCCAGACUAAUCGACCCGCCCGAGGAGCCCGAUUUCAAGUCGGGCCGGAUCCCGCGGUCGGGACAGAUCCCGAAAUCGGGUCAGAUGAGGUCCGGGUUGCUGAGCCGCGGCGGCGACGACGACGACGACGACCCGUUUCUGGAGGAGGACGUGCCGCACGAGUACAAGAGGGCGAACUUCAACGCAUUGACGCUGCUUCAGUGGGUAAGCUUGGUUUUGAUCAUUGGGGCGGUGGUUAGCACGCUGACGAUUCCAGUUCUGAGGGAGAAGAGCUUGUGGAAACUGAAAUUGUGGAAGUGGGAGGUCUUGAUUUUGGUUCUGAUAUGCGGGAGAUUGGUUUCGGGUUGGGGGAUUAGGAUCAUAGUGUUUUUUGUGGAGAGGAAUUUCCUUCUGCGGAAGAGAGUUUUGUAUUUCGUGUAUGGAGUCCGAAAGGCGGUGCAGAACUGCCUCUGGCUCGGCCUGGUUCUGAUAGCAUGGCAUUUCAUGUUUGAUAAGAAGGUGGAAAGGGAGACCAAUAGCGAGGUGGUCGCUUAUGUGACGAAAAUCUUGUUCUGUCUCUUGAUUGGAGUGUUGCUGUGGCUGGUGAAGACGUUGAUUGUGAAGGUGCUGGCUUCGUCAUUCCAUGUGAGGUCGUAUUUUGAUCGGAUUCAGGACUCGCUUUUUAAUCAGUAUGUGAUUGAGACGCUGUCCGGGCGGCCUUUGAUUGAGAUGCAGAAUGCGGAGGAGGAGGACGAUAGGCUGGCGGAUGAGGUCAGGAAGCUGCAGAAUGCCGGGGCUACUAUGCCUCCGGACCUCAAGGCAAAUGUAUUCCCGUCCGCUAGGAUUGGGAGGGUGAUUGGGAGUGGUUCGAUAAGGAGUGGGAGGGUGAUUGCGGGUAGCGGGCUUAUUGGGAAGUGCACCAAGUAUUCUAAGCCACUUUCCAAGAAGGCAGAGGAGACCGGGAUCACGAUUGAUCACUUGCAUAAGCUCAAUCCCAAGAAUGUGUCUGCUUGGAAUAUGAAGAGGCUGAUGAAUAUUGUUAGAAAAGGGCAUCUUAAGACGCUUGAUGAGCAGAUUCUGGAUGCCACUGGUGAGGAUGAAGCUGAUACUCAGAUCAGGAGUGAGGUUGAGGCAAAGGCUGCUGCUAGAAAGAUAUUCCAGAAUGUGGCUAGGCCUGGUUCCAAGUUCAUAUACCUGGAGGACUUGAUGCGUUUCAUGGAAGAAGACGAGGCUGUGAAGACCAUGAGUCUUUUUGAAGGGGCAUCUGAGCACAAGAGAAUCAGCAAAUCUGCCUUGAAAAAUUGGGUGGUCAGUGCCUUCAGAGAACGGAGAGCACUUGCUCUGACGCUGAAUGAUACCAAAACAGCUGUGAAUACACUUCAUCGCGUGGUGAACAUAAUCGUUGCCAUUGUUAUAAUUGUUAUAUGGCUUCUGGUUCUAGGAACUGCCACCAGCAAAUUUCUCUUGUUUGUGAGUUCUCAGCUUGUGGUUGUGGCAUUUGUCUUUGGUAACACCUGCAAGACGAUAUUUGAAGCAAUCAUAUUUUUAUUCGUGAUGCAUCCAUUUGACGUGGGAGAUCGUUGCGAAAUAGACGGAGUUCAGAUGGUAGUUGAAGAAAUGAACAUCUUGAGUACAGUUUUCCUAAGGUAUGACAACACAAAAAUCGUGUACCCAAACAGCAUCCUCGCGACUUUGCCCAUCCUUAACUACUAUCGUAGUCCUGACACGGGAGAUGCUAUUGAGUUCUGCAUCCAUGUAUCAACUCCGCCAGAUAGGAUUGUUUUAAUGAGGCAAAGAAUAAUCAGUUACAUCGAGAACAAGAAGGAGCACUGGUAUCCGGCACCAAUGAUUAUAACGAAGGAUGUAGAAGAACUAAAUAGGGUACGGUUUGCAAUUUGGCCUCAACAUAGAAUGAACUUCCAGGACAUAGGAGAAAGGUUUGUAAGGAGAGGCUAUUUGGUCGAAGAGAUGGUACGCAUAUUCCAGGAGCUUGACAUCCAGUUCCGCCUUCUGCCUAUUGACAUAAACGUCCGAGCCAUGCCUGGCAUGACUGGCCAGGUUCCCUCUAAUUACACGGCAACUAAAGCCGAUUGAGGGAACAAGGUAGUCCAUGAAAACUUAUCCGAUCUUGCCAAGAAGCACAUAGAAACUUCUACAUCCCCUGGCAGGCAAGUUGUAGAGAAGCACAGGGAAUCAACAUCGUCCGGAUGCAGUAGGAUCGUGUAGAGAAAAGGAAAGGAUGAUAUCCAUCUGAUAUGGUUUGAUGGGUUGAUCUCUCUAAGUUGGUUGCCUUCAGUCUUGAAAUAGGGCAAACAAUGGUGUACAUUUUUUCUCUCUGAUUUUGUAGAUUUUUCGUGAAGUUGUUAUUACUCUCAAUCUCUCUCAAUAUCUUCAUCUCUAUAUAUGUCUAUGCAUUUUUGUGUAACUGCUUAUCUAUUUGUAAAACUCAAAAAUUACCAACCAAUAUUGGAGAAUGUCUUUUGCA